GGUGAUUCCGAAGCAGACGUAAACAUUUUUGGCAGCAAGGAAAUGCAAGCAAAGGCCAAAGCAGUUAUAGAGACUAUUGUUGAAAGACAAGGAAGCAACUACCAAUAUUCAGAAUGCACUGUUAAUAAUGCUGCAACCCAACCAGCUGUUGCAAGAGACUUAACCACAGUUAACACUGUUAGAGAAGUUCGACCAUUCAUAGACUGGGAUCGAAUUAAGGCAAGAGCGACAGACUGGGAAACAAGAAGAUGGGAAGGCUUAGCACCAAUUAAAAAAGACUUUUACAUAGAAUCCAAAGCAACAAGUUCUCUGUCUCAAAUGCAGGCAGACCUUUGGAGGAAGGAACAUUUCAAUAUAAUUUGUGAUGAUUUGAAAGAUGGUGAAAAACGGUCUAUCCCCAACCCAACUAUUAAAUUUGAGGACGCUUUCCAGAAUUAUCCUGAAUUAAUGAAAUACAUUCAAAAAGCAGGGUUUCAAAAGCCAACGCCAAUUCAAUCACAGGUGUGGCCGAUUGUUCUACAAGGGAUAGAUCUUGUAGGAGUCUCCCAGACGGGAACAGGCAAAACUUUGUCUUAUUUAUUGCCUGGGCUUAUUCACAUCAAUUCUCAACCAACACCCAGAGAACAGAGGAACGGUCCCGGCAUGCUAGUCCUUACACCGACUAGAGAAUUAGCUCUCCAGGUACGAAAUGAAUGUUCUAAGUAUGCAUAUAAAAAUCUUAAAAGUAUUUGUAUAUACGGCGGUGGAAGUAGACAACAACAAAUAAAAGACGUUGCCAAAGACAUAGACAUCAUUAUUGCAACUCCUGGGCGACUGCAUGAUCUGCAAAUGAAUAAUUUUGUCAACCUUAGAAGCAUAACCUACUUAGUCUUAGAUGAAGCUGAUAAGAUGCUAGAUAUGGGAUUUCAACCUCAGAUAAUGAAGAUUUUAUUAGAUGUGCGCCCAGAUCGGCAAAUGAUUAUGACAAGUGCAACUUGGCCAGAUGCCAUUCGUCGACUUUCACAAACUUAUUUGAAAGAGCCUAUGAUC